AUGCGUCGCGCGAUGGACCUCAUACACUACGUGGUACGGGACGGUCUCCCGGGACACGACGAGCAAUCCCACGAGUUGCAACCUUUCUCGGAUAGUCAAGAACAGGCUUCACAAUGGGAAGCAGGAACAGCGUUAGGAGCACUUCGUGGUCUUUCAACACAAGUGAGAGCUGCUAGAGCUCGGGGCGGUGCAGACGGAGGGAGAAGAAGAGCGUUGGCAGCAACCCUGAGAGCCCUAGUUGAAAGAACGCAUGACUUCACCGACUCCGCGUACACGUCGCACGAGCAUAGACAGAGAAUACUAGCCCUAGCGGAAAGGAUAGCCUACGAACUGGAAAGACUAGUCGCCGUCGCUGUAUCAUUAGAAGAGAACAAGCCGGUAGUGGUAGUGGAGCGGCAUUAG